AUGGCCAACUGGAACGUCAAGCUCAAAGAACUCUACCCUGCCGUUGCCUCCCCCCUACGUCACGUCUUCACGAGUGCUGUGAUUGAGUCCAACCAGUUCCACAUCCUCAUGUGCUCCGACUCCAAAUUGAUGGCCGGCGAGGAUAAUACACAGAAGACGGAACUGGUCCGGGCGCUCCUGAACCUGUGGACGCAGGACAGCAAGCUGGCCUUCUUCGUGCCAUUCGGGCGAGGCCCGCCGGUACAGCACACGGGGCGCUCGUUGCAUGAGCUCAACUCGCGACUGGCCUCCGCGGCAGAGAUCAACCCGGACGACCUGGAGAUGUUUGUGUACCUGACCACGCUGCUGCUGAACAACUUGACCACGCUGCUGCUGAACAACCAGAACCCCCGGCCGAUCCGACAGGCGGCGAUGACCACCCGCGCCAUCGUCGGAUCCGCCUUCCUGAAGGCCCUCCUCGACUCCUGGCUCUAUCGCGAGGAAGGGAUAGAGGUGCUCCAGCUGCUCAAGGCCUUUCUGGAUCGGCUCCAGGACGCGGUCGAAUGGAGCGAACGCGGCUACAGCCCGGGCUUCCCCUUUGCAAGCAAGUCAAGCCCGGGCGACUGGCACAUCUUUGGCAACUUCCUGCGCCUUGCCGUCCCGCUCGGCCUCUGCACCGUUGACCAAUAA